GACUACUUCACUCAUUGCUCUCCACAGCCUUCGGCCUCGAGUCCUUGACUCUCUCUCCUGCUCGAAACAGAAAAAAUCUUCCUUCGAUUUUCUCUCCAGAAUAUGUUAUUCUCCAGGGGAUUUUCUCGGUUGCCAAAAGCCACCUUCAAUCGCUGCUCCAAGUGGCUUCUCUCUCACCACCGCCACCCUCAUCCACAGGAUCAUCACCACCGCCCCCGCCACUUUGUUCUCUCUCCUACACACAGGGUUUUGGGCUGUAGAGAAACUUAUUCUUGGGGUUCCCCAUUCUUGAGUGGUGUUCGGCAUCAAAUUCAUCAGGAGAGCAGCUCCUUAGCUGAGGAACAACUUGACCCUUUUUCGCUUGUUGCUGAUGAAUUAUCAUUACUUGCUGAUAGGUUGCGGUCAAUGGUGGUUGCUGAGGUCCCUAAGCUUGCCUCGGCUGCUGAGUACUUCUUCAAGAUGGGGGUGGAAGGAAAAAGGUUCCGUCCCACAGUCCUAUUGUUGAUGGCAACAGCUUUAAAUGUGCCUCUACCUAGGCCGGCUCUUGCUGAAGUGCCUGAGACUUUAUCAACUGAACUACGCACAAGACAACAAUGUAUAGCUGAGAUCACAGAGAUGAUCCAUGUGGCUAGCCUUCUUCAUGAUGAUGUCUUGGAUGAUGCUGAAACGAGACGUGGCAUUGGUUCAUUAAAUAUUAUGAUGGGCAAUAAGGUAGCAGUGCUAGCAGGAGAUUUUCUGCUUUCACGAGCCUGUGUGGCGCUUGCCUCUCUGAAAAACACAGAGGUUGUAUCAUUAUUAGCAACAGUUGUAGAGCAUCUUGUUACAGGUGAGACCAUGCAAAUGACAAGUACAUCUGAGCAACGUGUCAGCAUGGAAUAUUAUUUGCAGAAGACAUACUACAAGACUGCAUCUUUGAUUUCAAACAGCUGCAAGGCUAUUGCUCUUCUUGCAGGGCAAACUGCGGAAGUUUCAAUGUUGGCCUUUGAGUAUGGCAAGAAUCUGGGAUUGGCAUUCCAAUUAAUAGAUGACGUCCUUGAUUUCACAGGCACAUCAGCUUCCCUGGGGAAGGGUUCAUUGUCUGACAUCCGCCAGGGAAUAAUAACAGCUCCAAUAUUGUUUGCUAUAGAAGAGUUCCCUCAAUUGAAUGCUGUUGUCAAACGGGGCCUUGACAAUCCUGCAGAUAUUGAUCUUGCUCUUGACUACCUUGGAAAGAGUCGUGGAAUACAAAGGACGAGGGAGCUGGCCAUGAAGCAUGCCAACCUUGCUGCCGAGGCAAUUGAUUCUCUGCCUGAGAGUGGUGAUGAAGAUGUUUUAAGAUCAAGGCGGGCACUCAUAGAUCUCACACACAGAGUCAUUACAAGAACUAAAUGAAGAACAAGAAGAGUAAAAUAUCAAUUCCUAUCAUAAUGAACCAUCAAGCCAUACGUAAGCAUUUUGUUUUAAAAUUUCAGCCAGCAUUUUCUGUAAGGGACAAUCUCCACUUACCUGAUUUCAUCAAUAUUCUUUUAGUUACUCCAUUUUUUAUCAGUUCAAUAAUUAUUCCUAGAAUAAAACUCCUUUACCUGUAAAUUAAACUCUGUGGAGUAAUGGAGAGCUUAAUUGGUUGAGCUCUAUAAAUGUGAUUUCAGGUUCUAGCUGGUUUAGCAAAGUGAAGUCUUAAUACCGUAUGAAAGAAAGAGUUGAGUGUGUUUUGUUAUCUGUGUAGUCAUUAUGGGAAGACUGCAAUUGUCUUCCCACAAAGCAAGAGGCAUCAGAAAACAGUAGAAUGUGGAAUUGUAUUUGUUUUUAUAAGCAUACAGAUCCUCGGUA